AUGGCGAGGAAUGCAGUGAAUGUCAGGGGAUUCAUGGACAUUCAAGAGGUGUCUAGUAUUGGCAAUCUGAGGACUGAAUCUCUAAGUGAUGACUGGGUUAGGAGUCUUGAUUUCUUCAUCUUCGCAAUUACCUUGUUUGCCUACUAUGAAUUGCACACCCCUUAUGAAAUCGAUGUCUCCAUUAAAAAUGCCUCUCUCACAACCUUCUCCCUCUUCUCCAACACUAACUAUUACUCCCUCACUUACAACCUCACCAUGCAACUCAACAUCCGAAACCAUAACAAGCAUAUCAACUAUAGAAGGUUACAGGCUGAAUCCUUUUACAACGGCUACCGUUUUGGUCUUUCUCAGCUACCUUCUUUCGGUCAAGAUGGCAAAAAUACCUCCACCGUCUAUGCCUCCUUCUCUGGUAUAACUCCUAUAUUUGAUGACUCUGUUGUAGAUGCAUUCAUGGCUGAGAAUGGCUCUGGUUUCUUUCACAUUGACGUGGUGCUUCAUGCUAGGAUUCAAUAUAAUAAACAUAAGGACUUCACGCGAUCAGGAAGAGGCAAUAAGAGAGUGAAGUGUGACUUGUUCCUGCCAUUGCUGCCAAAGGGAAGCUCUCGUGGAGUUUUUUAUAGUGCUAACUGUCGAUAG